AUGCAGUCAGCGCAGGCGGACGGCCGGCUGCAGGCGUUGCUGAACGCCGGCGCCGGCGACGCCCAGUACGACUACGACCUGGUGGUGAUCGGCGGCGGCUCGGGCGGACUGGCCUGCAGCAAGGAGGCGGCCCGGCUGGGCGCGCGCGUCGCCCUCUGCGACUUCGUCAAGCCCUCACCGCAGGGGACCACUUGGGGGCUAGGUGGCACGUGUGUCAACGUCGGCUGCAUCCCCAAGAAGCUGAUGCACCAGGCCAGCCUGCUAGGCGAGGCGAUGGGCGACGCCGAGAAGUUCGGAUGGUCGGUCGAUGCCCACCAGCACAAUUGGGAGAAGAUGGUGGAGGCCAUUCACGCGCACAUCGCGUCACUCAACUGGGGCUACAAGGUGCAGCUGCGCGAGCGGCGUGUCACGUACCUGAACGCAUACGCCGAGUUCGUGGACGCCCACACGCUUCGGACGGUCGACAAGAAGUCUCGCGAGCGUCUGAUCACGGCGAAGCACGUGGUGCUGGCGACGGGCGGCCGGCCGCGGCUGCCGGACAUCCCCGGCGCCGCCGAGCUCGGCAUCACCAGCGACGACCUCUUCUCACUGCCCAGCUCGCCCGGCCGCACGCUGGUCGUCGGCGCCAGCUACAUCGCGCUCGAGUGCGCCGGCUUCCUGCGCGGCCUCGGCCUGGACGUCACCGUCAUGGUGCGCUCCAUUCUGCUGCGCGGCUUCGACCAGCAGAUGGCCGAGCUGGUGGGCGAGCACCUGGUGCGGCGGGGCGUGCGCCUGCUGCGCCCGUGCGUGCCGACGCAGCUGGAGCGGCCCGACCCGGACGGACGGAUCCAGGUGGCGGCUCAGACCGCCGAUGGCGAGACGCUGCACGAGGAGUACGACACGGUGCUGUUCGCCAUCGGACGCACCGCCUGCACGGCCAACAUCGGCCUCGACAAGCUGGGCGUCCAGUUGGCGGCCAAGGACGGCAAGGUGCUGUGCGACGAGGCGGAGCAGUCGAGCGUGCCGCAUGUGUACGUCGGCGACAUGCUGAGUGGCCGGCCGGAGCUGACGCCGGUGGCCAUACAGGCCGGCCGUCUGCUGGCCAGGCGGCUGGUGACCGGCGCCACCGCGCUCACCGACUACACCAACGUACCGACCACGGUGUUCACGCCGGUCGAGUACGGCUGCGUGGGUCUCUCGGAGGAGGCGGCGGUCGAGCGCUACGGCGAGCACGACGUCGAGGUGUACCACCAGUACUUCACGCCGCUCGAGCACACGGUGCCGCAGCGUGACGAGAACGCCUCCUACGGCAAGCUGGUGUGCGUCAAGAGCCAGCAGGAGCGCGUGGUGGGCUUCCACCUGGUGGCGCCGCACGCCGGCGAGGUCACGCAGGGCUACGCCGUGGCCAUGCGGCUGGGCGCCACCAAGGCUGAUCUGGACGGCGCCGUGGGCAUCCACCCGACCGUGGCGGAGCAAUUCACGUUCAUGUUCAUCACCAAGUCGUCGGGCGCCAGCAGCAAGUCGACGGGCUGCUGAGGCUAGUGUCGCCG